CGCGGCGCGGAGCGGGGACCAUGGCGCAGCCGGUGCGGAGGAACAAGAAGACUGUUGACUACUCAGAAUUGGGGGAUUUGUAUAAUGAUGCAGAUGAAGAUUUUGCAUAUGUAGCUGUACCUUUAAGCAAAAAGUCCAGAACACAGCUCAAGGAACUGAAGAGGGAGAAAAAAGAGAAGCAGAAAAAACUACACAGAAAAUUGACUCCAUCACAUAAGGAGAUGCCCGGUAAAAGGAUAUCCUUGGAUGACAAACUUUAUCAAAGAGACUUGGAAGUUGCUUUAGCCUUGUCUGUCAAAGAAACAUCUGCAAAUGUCUGUGAGGUGCAAAACUCAGAAGAAAAAGGGCCUAUAACAGGUAAGAAUAUCAAAUCAGAAAAUGUGCAUGGGAGACCCGUUUUUUCCAACUGUGUUACAGAGAGUGAACUUUUAGGUGAGGAAUCGGAAGAAGAUUCAGUUUAUAGUGAAGAUGAUGAUGAAGACUUUGCUAUGAAAAAGAAGAAAGCUAAAGACAAUAAAAAGGAAACUAAGCAAAAGAAGCAGGCUGAAAGAGAAAAGGAAAAUUCCAAAUCCAAUAUUAAAACUAGAAAACUAAAAUCUGAAACAACACAGAAAAUGAUGUCCACUUCUACAGAACCAGUUGGAAGACCUUUGUGCACAUCAAGUCCUGUAAGAUACAAGAAACCUAAAUGGAUACCACCAGCUGCAUCAGGAAGCAGUAAUAACUCAGUGAAAUAUGUUUCCAUUAAAUCACCUACACAAUGUCUUAGACUUGGACUCUCUAGACUAGCAAGAGUCAAACCACUGCAUCCGAGUACAGCCAGCAGUUGAAUGGUCAGUGCCAAGAUGCUACUUGAAGAAGUAGAAAAAGACUUUGAAGAAGUGGAAAUGACUUUAGGAAUGUUUUUAUUGCCUCUUCAUUUUCUGCUAUGCAUUUCUAAGCAAAACUUUAUGGCAUUAUCUGUUUGUGGGACAAUCAUUUUUGUCCAUGUCUGAAAGCAUAAUGAAUUUGUAUUCUAAAAAGUGUUAGGCAUUCUUAAGUGCUCCUGGAUAGUUAUUUAAUCCUGGUGACCUCUGAGUCACAAGGUUUUGAUGGAUUAUUCUUCAAGAUAUGUGUUUGUGAUCAUUUUAACUCUC